AUGGAAUGUGUUAUAUUUUUUAAUUUGAGUUAUGGAGUUCCUUCAUUUAGUUUUAAUAUUUGGAAUUCUUCGGGGGUCUUAUUGAAAUUAGAAGAUAUAAGGCGAUUAUCAUUCAUUCACAUAAAAGAAGAUGAAUUUUCCUCCGUGAUCACUCAACAAGAACAUCCUUUAUUCGGCAGGCCCUAUUUCAUCAUGCACCCUUGCCGUACAGGGCAGCUGGUGGAACAUUUUAGACACAAAUCAAAAAAUAUUAUAGUAACUUUUCUAAGCUUGAUUACACCGAUACUGCAACUAAAAUUGCCAAUGGAAUAUGGUCUG